UUCCAGGAAAACAUGAAUUUCGAGUUCAUGCGAACAUUGCAUGGCUUCAUCAACUUUCUCCAAGUUCUGUUCGGGUUCGCAGCUCUUUUUGCGUGCUCUUUCAUCUGGAGAGACACAGAUCUCUAUUUCCAAUUUAUUUACAGAGGUUUUGGCUGGCAAAGUGUAAUUCUUGCGAUUCUUUUCUUCACAUGGAUCUUUGCUCUUAUGGUGUUCUUGUCUAACUUGUUCGAUAAGGAUGUUGUUGGAACUAUUGGAAAAAUGAAGCUGCUCAUCCUUUACGUCAUCUGCUUGGCAUGUCUUAUCAUCUCAGCUUCUCUCGAAUCGUGGUAUAUUUCAAGGUCUGGAACCACGGGAAAACAUCCCGAUCACGUUUAUCACCCGCGUUUCAUAGCUGUAACAGUCUUCAACUGGCUUCUUGUCGUGUCUUACAUUGUCUUAAUAUUAGUCACGUUCUUUUUCGUGUAAUUUUUUUCUUCAUUUGCAAGGAUUUCACAGUUGUCUUUUGCGUUUAUUUUCAAUUUCAAAUUCAUAAUUCAAUCUCUACAAUCUCAGCACUUCCACUCUUUAUUUUGUUUUUUUGAACUCACACAAAUAAAUUUUUUUGCUUUUU